GUUGAAUCAGCUGAUUUAGCCAAACCAAACCUCAACCAUCAACAAACCCCUGAGGACAGAGCCCUGAGGAGAUAAGAUGAUUGGGAAUUGAGGAUCGCUCCAGACAAAAUGAUUGGCUCAUUCUCAUCCAAUCGGUGGUGAAUAUUCCUUGAAAAUGUCCACCCACCCCCUGCUUGUACCCCUAUACCCCUCCUUCACAAAGUGCUCUCGCCUGGUGACCACGCCCCUGUUCCUUCUGACGACCAGCUGUAUAGUCUGCUACAGUAAUUCCCUCCUCUGUGGUUUUGUGUUUGAUGAUGUCAGUGCAAUUAAGGAUAACAAGGAUAUUCGUGCCGACUUCCCGUUUGAGAAACGGUUUUUUGAGUUCCUUCUUAACGAUUUCUGGGGUAUCCCAAUGCAUAAAGAGCAGUCACAUAAAUCCUACAGACCGUUAUGCGUCUUAACAUACAGGCUAAACUACCUGGUCCACGGGUUGUCCCCUCUAGGUUACCAUCUGGGUAAUCUAGUUCUUCACCUUGGGGUUACCCUGCUCUACCAUUCAACCCUCUCCUCUCUACUCAACUCCUCUACACCAGCUCUACUUGCCGCCCUACUCUUCUCUGUACAUCCUGUACACACAGAGGCAGUGACAGGUGUUGUGGGUCGAGCUGAGCUGUUAAGUAGUAUAUUCUUCCUCCUGAGUAUUCAGGCGUACACAGACACAAAUAGUAAACAAACAAACCAGUGUACUGCAAGAGACAACAAAUGUAAACAUGAAGACAAGAUCGCAAAUGUGGAUUUUUCAUGUUCUCCAGGAUAUAAGUUUUCUUCUCUAAUGCAGGCACUGUUCCAGGCUUGUUUUUUGGCGGCCCUAGCGAUGGUGAGCAAGGAGCAGGGAAUCACUGUUAUUGGUUUCUGCUUGAUGUUUGAGCUUCUCCAGGUUCAAAAGAUCCAGAAAAUAUCCUGGAAAACAACCCGACUAAUAUAUUUUAAGGGUUUAUUAAAUGAACCUGGAUUGGUACGUGUACUUGUUCUGACCGUCACAGCUGUUUUACUUCUCACCUUCAGGAUUAAACUAAUGCAGGGAUCGAGUUUACCUGUGUUUACCAAGUUUGAUAAUCCUGCGAGUGUAGCUGCACCUGUAUCCCGUACCCUGAGUUACUUAGUCCUGCCCGCAUACAAUAUAGGACUCCUUCUCUGCCCAGCAAACUUAUGCUGUGAUUGGACCAUGGGAUCCAUCUCCCUCAUCACUUCUAUAUCAGAUCUGAGAAACUUGUUAACACUUUUUCUUGGAGCCUAUCUAGUCCAUACAGCACUCAUCAUUUUCAAAUCAGAGCGGAGUGACUGCCUACCCCUCCUUGUAUCUAUGUCCCUCCUGUGUAUACCCUUCCUCCCUGCCUCAAACCUAUUCUUCCCAGUAGGCUUUGUUCUAGCGGAGAGAGUUCUGUAUAUUCCUUCCAUGGGGUUCUGUCUCCUCGUAGCUCUAGGUCUUACUAAACUAUAUCUACAAUGCAACCAUCCUACAGUAAAAGGAAUUAUCAAGUGUUUCAAUGAAGAGUCUAUAUUCUUAUCUGGACUAACGGUGAACAAAAACAAUGCAAAAUUAUUCAACAAUGUCGGACAUGCUUUAGAAUCUCAAAAGCGACAUAACGAAUCUCUCAUACUAUUCCACCAGGCAGUACUAGUACAGCCAGAUGAUAUAGGAGCUCAUAUAAAUAUAGGUCGAGCUUUGAAUCAGCUGGGUCGGUUUGAUGAAGCGGAAACAGCUUAUAGAACUGCUAAAUAUCUGCUACCUAGAGCUAAACCUGGAGAAAAAUUAAUCACUAGGAUCGCCCCGAACUCGUUGAACCUGUUCUUGAACCUGGGGAACCUGAUCUCGAAGAACAGCAGUAGGUUGGAGGAAGCGGACAGAUUGUACAGACAGGCAAUAGCGAUGCGCUCAGAUUAUAUUCAGGAGUUGGGUAAGGUUGAGCUGCAUCAAACAGGAAUAGAUAGAUUACUGAGCCUAAUCAACCUGGAUCCAACCAAUGAAAAGGCUUACUUCAACCUGGGCAUGAUCACAAUGGAUGAGGGUUGGACCUGGGAAUCUGAAUAUUGGUUCAAGAAAGCUAUCGAUAUCAAACCGGACUUCAGAGGAGCACUUUUCAACUUGGCUCUUCUACUUACUGAUCAGCAUAGACCUUUAGACGCCGUUCCUUUCCUUCAAUCCCUUUUACAUUACUACCCAGCACAUGUAAAGGGUCUUAUACUGUUAGGAGAUAUCUAUACAAAUAUUAUCAAGGACCUAGACAAAGCAGAAGAAGCUUAUAAAAAGAUCCUGGAUAUAUCCCCUGGUCAUGUCCAAGCUCGACACAACCUCUGCGUGGUGGAGUUGGAGAGAGGGAAUCUUGAGGCAGCAGAACAAUGUUUAGAACAGGUUUCUGCAGCGGCACCUGGCGAAGAAUACAUCAACAAACAUCUUAGAAUUAUCAAGAAUAAACUCAGAAGAAAAUCGCAAAAAAAACCUUGAAAUGCAAUCGGAGAAAAUUUAGUAAUAUCUCUUUUUAAGGGGGGAGGGGUCUCUAUUAACUGUUGCAUUGAGAGAAAGCAAGCCUAAUGUUGAGAUUAAAACAAUGGUGCAUUUUCUAAGGUUAAAUAUUUGAACAAAAAAUAUCUUUAAACGUAAAACUUAAGAAACUGAAUGACCAAUGCAUAAAUGUUCAAAGAAAGACAAUGCAAUACUAGUGCUUGACUUGAAGCUUGAAUGCCUAACUAUGUAAACGAAAAUGUUCAAAUCUAAUCAUCAAUUACAUUUUUUAUGUUAUAUGUAAAAAAUGCCUUAUUUAAGCAGAAUAUUUGGUUUUGCUUGUGCCAUAUUACGUGACAAAUGAUGCAAUUUAACUUGUAAGUAAGUUCAUUAACCUUUCCAAAACCAGUGUUGGGUAAAUAUCUGUGUUUAGAAUUGAGGGUUUUUUUAUGUCAUGCGCAAACGUUUGUUUUCAAUUAAAAAAAUUUUACGAUUUAUUGUCGCAAGUUUUUUCACUUAAAAUCUACAGUGGUCGGAGUUUAUAUUAUUACAGUGAAGACGAAUUUUUUCUGCAAAUUUUGAUUUCCAACAAGCUUUUUUUCGAAUUUCAAAUUACAACGAAAAUCGGUAAAUAGCUUCUCAUUGUUCCCAUGUUUGUGUGUACAUAUGUUUAAAAGCUUGGAAGAAGUUAAAAUUGAAAUCAAACGUUGUCUUCAUUGUAAAUUGAUAAUUACGACGACGACAAACUUUUCCACUUGUAAUAGAUUGUAUGCCUUAUAAAGAUAAAGAUCUUUUUUAUUUGGCCUCGAUAAAACAAUUUAAAUGCAAUGUACUUAUUCUGAUUCAAUGUGUUUCACACCAAUUUUAAAUGUACAACACAGCACUAGGCUGUUCUGUCCGGCCGGCACCAAGUUGUACUGUAGUGCACCUAGUGGUAUUUUACUGCACCUAGUUGUACUGUAGUGCACAUAUUUUUACUUAACUGUACUGCACUACGCUUCUGCAAUGCACCUUCAGUAUUACUAUUAAAUGCAACAAGAUUCAAACUCGUGAUCUAGAACUAUUUCAGUGCAAUUAGUAUCCUAUAUGUAAUUAUUUUUUUGCAAAAUGUGUUUUUUUUUUUAAAUGCAAUUAGUAUGUACUCUGUGCAAUUAGUAUGUACUUUGUGCAAUUAGUAUUUAUUGGAGGCAAUAAGUAAGUAUUCUAUGCAACACAAUUCGCGUGCUUUAUGAUUGCAAUAACUUGCAAUUAAUUAACUAAACUACCCGCAAUGCAAUAAUGUAAAGAUUAUAUAUAUUUAGUAGUUAAAGUAUAGAACUUUUUAUGUAUGUAUUUGUGCCAAAAUUAUAAUUUUAAACUUCGAAAAGACAGUCCGGCCUUUAAACUUUUAUACUCAAUAAAAGAACUCUUUUUCCUA